GGACAGGAAAAGUCAUGUGAUUGUUCAAAAUGGUGGCAUUCAUAGGGAAAGUGAUAGGUGUUUUCUUCGAGUAUGACACGCCAAGAAUAGUUCAUAUAAGAAGCAAAAAAGUCGGUUUCAUCAACAGAUUUAUACAGCUUUGUAUCAUUGGAUAUAUCAUUGGGUAUGCCAUAAUAUUUCAAAAGGGAUAUCAGGAGUUUGACAAUGUACAGGGAGCAAUAACAACUAAGCUUAAAGGAGUGGCAGAAACGAAGAAUGUUUUCUCCAGCAACAGUAGCCGCAUUUGGGACGUGAAUGAUUAUGUUGUUCCUCCCCAGGAAAACCUGGCGUUUUUUGUGACAACCAAUCUCAUAGUAACAGAUGGACAGCAAAUGGGAGUGUGUGAUGAGGAUGGUAAGGUGGCCGGGGCAAACUGCACACUCGAUGCCAGUAUCUGUUUGCCUGGGGAACCCCUUCUCACUGGAGAUGGUUAUAUGACUGGUGCAUGUGUAGAAACAAAACGUUACAACAACACCAAGGUGUGUGAGGUGGUUGCAUGGUGUCCUACAGAAGACGGAAGAAAACCGUUGCCAAAUCCACCUGCUCUUGCUAUAGCUGAAAAGUUCACAGUCUUCAUCAAAAACAAUAUAGAGUUUCCCAAGUUUGGUGUAAAAAGGAGAAAUAUUGUUGGAUUUGAUGACCAAAACGAGUUACGAAACUGCAGGUUUAAGUUGGAAGAUGAUAAGUACAAGUUCUGCCCUAUAUUUGUUCUUGGAGAUAUAGCUACUUACGCUGGUACUCAAUUUGUAAACAUUGCUCAAAAGGGAGGAGUUAUUCAAAUCUUGAUAUCCUGGAACUGUAAUUUAGACCACGGUGCUGAAAAUUGCCUACCAGAGUACUCUUUUAGGAGGCUAGAUGAAGAAAAUGAUGUACUUUCUCCUGGAUAUAACUUCAGGUUUUCAAGAUACUAUAAGGAUGAGAAUGGUACAGACACCAGAACUCUUUUUAAAGCAUAUGGCAUAAAGUUUAUAUUAACUUUGCAAGGGCGUGCUGGGAAAUUUAGCAUUGUCCCACUUGUGUUGAACAUUGGCAGUGGUCUUGCGCUACUCUCUGUGGCUACAAUAAUAUGUGACAUAGUUGUGUUGUACGUUUUGAAAUCAAGGGCUUUAUACAAGGAAAAGAAGUAUUUAGAAGUGGUUGGUGAUGAUGCAUAUGAGGAAAUGAGGGAUGACAGUCGAGCCGGCUGAGAUCACAUUCUGACAACUCAUUUUCAUGUGGACAACACCAUUUGACGCUGUGAUACUCCUUUGAAACUUGUUGUUUCACCCGCCUAGUUCCUCACUCAUUCCUUUUAUGUUGUUUAAUGCUUUGGUGUAAUAUUUUUUGUUCUUAAGUGAUAUAAUCACAAAUUAUUAAAGGUGCUGAAUUGUAGAUUUAAACCAAAAAUUUGUUAUUGUGAUUUAAUGUUAAAAGGUACAGUGUAUAUCUACAUAGCAUAAUAUAUUGUUGUUUUCAUCUUAAAAGUCCGUAGGUAGUGCAUGAACAUGUACAUGACUUUAUAUAUAAAUACCAGGUUUUACUGAUAUUUAUGUUGACAAUGACCUAUAUCUGGGACCAAACUGGGUGUAUGUAUUGUAGUGUGUUUACCAAACUCUUAUAACAUAUCAGUACCAGUUUCAUACACAGCGUAAGUCUCACUAAACAUAGGCCAAUUUUCACAAUAAUUUCCAUAAAUAAGCCGUUAUUUUUCAUAUUGUGUUUGGCUGCACAAUUACUUCAUUCCACUAGUAGUUAUUAAAUAUGAUAAGUACAACUGUAGUAUGUUCACAGCUGUAUUUUGGUACAUCUGCCCAGUGGACCAAGUACACAUGGUAUGUACAAAAAACAAAUCACAUCCAUUCCAUUCAGACAUUUUUCUUGAAACUAAAUUGUCAAAUAUCUCCAAUAUAUAAAUAAAGACAGUGACUGUAAAGGCUUAUGACAAUAAUUCAUUGAAAAUCAAUAAAAUCAGAUUUUUAGCUGAGAUUUCAAGAAAAUUAUAUUAAUCAAUACAUACAUGAUAUUUGAAAAUAUACUUAGUACAUUUCGAAAUAUAUUUUUUCUGUUCAUACUGUUAUGUGUAUUUGUAGAUAUAAUAGAUUUGCACAAUAAUGAUGAAAAAAACUGUUAAAACAUUAGUCUAUUAUGGAAAUUACAUAACAAAUCUAAUGUUUUUAUGAUUUAUCAUUUGUUGUAUCAUUUUAUGUCUUUAAAAAAGGAUAUGUAUUGUAUUUUAUACUGUUCAACAUUUUUGAGACCAGUGCCCAAUUUUUUGAAACUUCUUAAGUUCCUUAACAACAGGAUUAAGCUUAGCUCAUUAUUUUUGUUUUGCAAUAAUUUGCGUAAUAUUUACUUCUUUAAAAACUUUUAUACUUUAGAUAGGAAUUAAAUUUAUAAUUAUCACAAUAAACCAUUUUCCUUACAUGAAAGUUCAUUUUAAGUAUAUAUUUUAGCUAAUUGAAAUAAGCUACUUAAGCCUGUUAAACUUAUUUUUUUUUUCGAGAAAUCAGGGCCCGUACUUUCCUUAAAUAAGACACUGUUUUCAGUUUGAAUUAAUGUUUUUUGGAUUAUCUGCUACUUGUUUUUGUGAUAUCAGCAAUGGUCAUCCAUCAUUCAACCUUCUGUAUGAUCAUAUGUUAGCUACUUGUUUUUGUGAUAUCAGCAAUGGUCAUCCAUCAUUCAACCUUCUGUAUGAUCAUAUGUUAGCUACUUGUUUUUGUGAUAUCAGCAAUGGUCAUCCAUCAUUCAACCUUCUGUAUGAUCAUAUGUUAGCUACUUGUUUUUGUGAUAUCAGCAAUGGUCAUCCGUCAUUCAGCCUCCUGUAUGAUCAUAUGUUAGCUACUUGUUUUUGUGAUAUCAGCAAUGGUCAUCCGUCAUUCAGCCUCCUGUAUGAUCAUAUGUUAGCUACUUGUUUUUUGGACAUUGGCAAUGGUCAUCCAUCAUUCAACCUCCUGUAUGAUCAUAUGUUAGCUACUUGUUUUUGUGAUAUCAGCAAUGGUCAUCCGUCAUUCAGCCUCCUGUAUGAUCAUAUGUUAGCUACUUGUUUUUGUGAUAUCAGCAAUGGUCAUCCGUCAUUCAGCCUCCUGUAUGAUCAUAUGUUAGCUACUUGUUUUUGUGAUAUCAGCAAUGGUCAUCCGUCAUUCAGCCUCCUGUAUGAUCAUAUGUUAGCUACUUGUUUUUGUGAUAUCAGCAAUGGUCAUCCGUCAUUCAGCCUCCUGUAUGAUCAUAUGUUAGCUACUUGUUUUUGUGAUAUCGGCAAUGGUCAUCCGUCAUUCAGCCUCCUGUAUGAUCAUAUGUUAGCUACUUGUUUUUGUGAUAUCAGCAAUGGUCAUCCGUCAUUCAGCCUCCUGUAUGAUCAUAUGUUAGCUACUUGUUUUUGUGAUAUCAGCAAUGGUCAUCCGUCAUUCAGCCUCCUGUAUGAUCAUAUGUUAGCUACUUGUUUUUGUGAUAUCAGCAAUGGUCAUCCGUCAUUCAGCCUCCUGUAUGAUCAUAUGUUAGCUACUUGUUUUUGUGAUAUCAGCAAUGGUCAUCCGUCAUUCAGCCUCCUGUAUGAUCAUAUGUUAGCUACUUGUUUUUGUGAUAUCAGCAAUGGUCAUCUGUCAUUCAGCCUCCUGUAUGAUCAUAUGUUAGCUACUUGUUUUUUUGGACAUUGGCAAUGGUCAUCCGUCAUUCAGCCUCCUGUAUGAUCAUAUGUUAGCUACUUGUUUUUGUGAUAUCGGCAAUGGUCAUCCGUCAUUCAGCCUCCUGUAUGAUCAUAUGUUAGCUACUUGUUUUUUGGACAUUGGCAAUGGUCAUCCAUCAUUCAACCUCCUGUAUGAUCAUAUGUUAGCUAGUUGUUUGCAUGUAAUGCGGAACAUAUUUUCCAACCUGGCUGCUGAUAUCUCCCAGCAGUUUCUAUUGUAUUGUUUAUAGCUGUAUGUAUAGCUAUAAUAGGAGCCUGUUGUAAAUAUACAGCUGUAGUCAUAUGUAUAGCUAUAAUAGGAGCCUGUUGUAAAUAUACAGCUGUAGUCAUAUGUAUAGCUAUAAUAGGAGCCUGUUGUAAAUAUACAGCUGUAGUCAUAUGUAUAGCUAUAAUAGGAGCCUGUUGUAAAUAUACAGCUGUAGGUGUAUUUUUGCAGUGAAAGUAUUGCUAAUCCUGUUCUUCAUAGCUGCAGCUAUACUUUUGAAUGAAACAACAACUAACAAUUAUUUGCUACAAGUAUACAGCUGGUGGCUUAAGUUAUAUUUAAUAGAUUUCUAUUGUAUAUUGUAACCAAUGUAACCAAUUUAAAAAGUGGCUCAGUAACAGUGAGACCAAAAUAUAGCUUCAGCUAUUAAUUUAUAGCUUCAGAUGUAUAUGAAAAUACAGUUAUAGCUGCUUUUGUUGUUAAUAAACAACUAGACCUGUACUUUUGGUGCACAAAGUAUUGUUACAGCUGUAUUUUGUACUUAGCUAUACUUUGAAAUUCAACUGCCAUAAAUUACAGCAAUGACUGAAAAUAUAAAACUGUAGGGUCUGUAGGUCACUUUGUCAUAUUGUAUUUUUUGAGUCACCAAGUACCUUAGAGUUGGAAGUAGUUUUCUUGGUAAGGUAUAGCACACCAGCUCCUUGUUUAUGGAUAAUAUGUGUGAUGUUGUCCUUUCUACACGUGUGAAUUAAUGAGUGUUUUUCCCAACAUUGUCCCCAUGUCCGAAUAGCCUGUGUCAGUUGAACAAUAAUCACAUUUGGAUAAUUUAUUAUCAAAAUACCAGAACUAUUACAUGAAAGGUAUGUAGUAUGUUAUGUGCAAUUACUUAUCACAUUGUCCACUUUUGGAUCAUAUUGUGUUGUCUUGUAUUAAUUCAAGUGAAAUAGUCAUCAAUCUGCAAAAGUGAAAAUCAGUUUUCAUGUUGCCAACAGUCCUUUUCAAACACUGUAAUGGUUACAUAUCAUAUUUAUGUCAUUGAUAUAUAUUUUUGAAAAUCACCUUUAUUGUGUUGCAAUAUUCUUUUAGAAUAGAAAUGAUUUCCUGGUUUAUUCUGGGUCGUGUCUCACUACUACACUACUGGUUGACCAUACAAGAGGUGUGGGCCUGAACGGGGUUUGGUGGAAAACCAUACAAUAGGUGUGGGCCUGAACGGGGUUUGGUGGAAAACCAUACAAUAGGUGUGGGCCUGAACGGGGUUUGGUGGAAAACCAUACAAUAGGUGUGGGCCUGAACGGGGUUUGGUGGAAAACCAUACAAUAGGUGUGGGCCUGAACGGGGUUUGGUGGAAAACCAUACAAUAGGUGUGGGUCUGAACAGGGUUUGGUGGAAAACCAUACAAUAGGUGUGGGCCUGAACGGGGUUUGGUGGAAAACCAUACAAUAGGUGUGGGCCUGAAUGGGGUUUGGUGGAAAACCAUACAAUAGGUGUGGGCCUGAACGGGGUUUGGUGGAAAACCAUACAAUAGGUGUGGGCCUGAAUGGGGUUUGGUGGAAAACCAUACAAUAGGUGUGGGCCUGAACGGGGUUUGGUGGAAAACCAUACAAUAGGUGUGGGCCUGAACGGGGUUUGGUGGAAAACCAUACAAUAGGUGUGGGCCUGAACAGGGUUUGGUGGAAAGAACAAGACCAACAAUGAUUGUGUGAAGUAAAUGGUCCCUAUGCUGAGGAAGACAUGACCAAGUCACCAUUAAAGAACCAAGCCCUCCAUGUGUAAAAUAAAAGCAAUUCCAAUUUCACAGCAGCUUGCAUGAUUUCAGAUGACAAGAAACCACCAAAGUGAUAUAGUAAUUUAUCUACAUGUAUUAAUAAUGACCUCCAAAUAAACUUCGAAUAAACAGUAAAUCACACAUGCACAAUUUCAUAAUGGUUGUGAUCUGGUGUGUAUUUCAUUCUGACGGCUGUAUAAACUAAACUUACAAUGGGUAAUUAAUCAUGACAAUGAACAUGAUUUCAUUAGAUCUAGGUUUUCAGGACACCAGCACGUUGAUGGUAUACUGAUCCAUUUUCUGGUGAAGGUUGACAGUUAAUUGCAGGUACAGCAACAUCAUUCAAAAGGCAUUAAUAAAAUGUUUCAGUGGGCCAGUAGGACAGCAAUAAACAUUUGUUACACAAGGCUAGAAGUUUCAAUUUACUCUCCCUCAUAAAAAAUGACUUUAUUUAAGAUGAAACUAUAUAUGUGAUAAUCAGGUAACUUAGUGUUUCCUAUUAAAUACUUGAUAAAAUAUAUUACUAUGAAGUCAAAUCGUUCUUUGUCUCUUAAGAUAGAGGACUUAAAUUAUUUACUUGUUUGAUAACGUUUGUAAGCAUAACCAUGUUAUAACUACAUUGGAAUUGAUGAUUGGUUUAAGUUUUAACCGUGAACCAAUAGGGGCAUUUUGCUGUCCGUUGCUGUUCAUUGUAUAAAUAUUUCAACCAUGCAUCACAGAAAUGAUCAAUUAUUGGUCCUCUCCCAGCUGUGUUCAAAUGACUAUAUCAUGCAGAAAACCUGUUGUUAAUUGUGAUAGCAGAACUAUGUAAAUGAUUGUAAAUUGUUGGUUUCCAGAAUUUAGACAAUGUCAAUUCAAACUUGUCAUUUUGUGGGAUUUACUGUAUUCAUGUCUGAUCCUUGAAGUCCUUUUCAAUAUGUAAAUUUGGUUUAUAUGUUAAAUGUGUAAAGACUGUAGACCUUACAGCACAAUAAAUCUCUACCAUA